GUUAAACAGAAUAAUCCCUAAUUUCAGUAUGAUCCAAUGUAUUCAUAUUUAUUUAUGUUUCUUUUAGCUCUCCCACCACCAAACAACCACAAUGAUGAAGAUGCUGCUCGGCUGCUCUCUCUGCCUGCUCCUCCUGCUCAGCUGUCUGAGUGAACUUGUGGAGAGCCGAACCCUGAGCCUGCAGAGCUGUGCUGUCAACGUUCACACUCACGAACUGCGCAAAUAUUACAAUGACAUACGAUCAAAUGCGAUAGAAGGAGACAGUGUGAUUGGAGUGAAACUUCUGGACAAAUCAUUGAUAAAUCAUCUUCAAGAUGGUCAGACCUGCUGUUUCCUGCGUCUCGUGCUGCGUUUCUACCUCGAGAGAGUGUUCACCAACUACGCCUCUGCUCAGCCACAGCAGCAGCGCUGCUCCAGCGCUCUGGCCAACGCUUUUGUCAGAAUCAGAAAAGACAUACAUGCAUGUCACUGCCACUGUGUAGAGGACACACAGAGGAAAAUUGACACUCUGCAUGCUGAGUUUAUCAAGCUAGACAUAAACCAGGCUGCACAGAAGGCCGUGGGAGAACUGGACACUGUGCUGGAGUGGAUGGAGUCACUCGGCCCGAUAACACCCGCAUGAUCAGACAGAAACUCAGCAAAAUCAGCACCGCAUUCCCAAAGAGCCUGCGGCUGAUGAGUCCCCGAGCUAACAUCAAAGAUGUAACUCCUGACCUGACAUUACUUGCAAGCAGAGUGAAGGUUUUUUAACUUCACUUCUGUGCCGUUGUAUAUUUCUCUAUUUUUUACAUGAAUUAACUUAAUAAUUUAACCACCAGCAUGUGGACUGUUUUUAUACUAAUAUUUAUAAUUAACAUGGCAUAAAGUAUUUAUAUUUAUCAAAAAUAGAAAGUUGUUAAGGUAUUAUAUGUGUGUGCUUCUACUGUACUGUAAGGUUAUUAUGCAGACUAAAGAAAUCUUUUAAUUGGUUAAAUGUAGUGUAUAUACUGUAUAUAUUGGUAAACAAUUCAAUGGUUUAAUUUAAA